AUGCCCUCCUUCCCUCUUUCACGCUCCCCGGCCUCGACCGACAGACUUGCCACCCCGCAACAUGAACCACAAUCCUCUUAUACCUUGGCUGCCUCUGCCAUCUCCCCCAACGACAGCCAUUCCAGCCUCCAAAGUCUCGCAACAUCACGGUCGAUGGAUCACUUUGUCGUCCUACAGGAACUGGGCAAAGGCUCCUUUGGCUCUGUUUUCAAAGCCCAGCACAAAGUCUCUGGAGAAACGGUUGCGAUCAAAAAGAUGAAGAAAAAGUUUACCUCACAAGGCGAGUGUCGCUCACUCCAAGAAGUCAAGGCUUUGGAGGCACUUCGUGCAGGCCCGAACAUUGUCCGACUCCACCAUUUCUUCCUUGAAAAGAAGGAACUCUGCAUGGUCUUCGAGCUCAUGGAUGGAAACCUCUAUCAACUGAUCAAGGACAGAAACGGAAUACGGCUAGAGGAAACAACGACCAGGAGUAUGGUGUGCAUACUCCGAGGACUACAGCACAUGCAUGCCAAAGGAAUCAUGCAUCGCGACAUGAAACCAGAAAACCUGUUGGUGUCAGGAGACUGUGUCAAGAUUGCCGACUUUGGCCUAGCGCGCGAACUCAAGAGUCGGCCACCAUACACAACUUAUGUCAGCACGCGAUGGUAUCGAGCUCCAGAAGUUCUUUUGAAGUCCUCAGCCUAUACGUGUGCAGUGGAUCUAUGGGCGGCAGGAACAAUUGCAGCCGAACUCAUCAGUUUAAAGCCGCUAUUCCCGGGAAGCAGCGACGUCGAUCAAAUCAAUCGGAUCGGGAAUGCUCUUGGGUGCCCAACGCAAGGUGCACAUGAGGAACAGGCGACCGGUACCAUGAUAACCAUUGGAAGCGGCGGCGAAUGGAAGGAAGGUGUACAGCUCGCCACAAAAAUGGGCGUGUCAUUUCCACAAGCUCACACUCGAUCAUUGCAGGAUGUAUUACGGCCGACAUCACAGGCGUCUAUCGAUUUGAUUGGUGGACUCUUGAAAUACGACCCCAAAUCUCGGACCACAGCAUACCAGACACUCUUAUGCCCUUGGUUCGAAGACAUCCCAGAGGUCGACGAAGUGCGGUUACUGGUGGAUGUCCAACACUCGCCCGACAAACGCAGGAGUAUGUUUUCAGGAUUGCGGUCAACUUCUUUCAAGAAAGAGUCCAGGGAAGGAAAAGACACCAAGGAAGGAAAGGAUAGCAAGGAUGGCAAGGAUGCAAAGGCAAGGAAACGUGGACUUUCCGUUGCCCUGCCCAGUCCGAACAAUAUCGCCAAGCCCUCCUUGGCAAUGGUUCUCAAACCAGACAGUGCUGUUGAGGAAAUCCGACUCUCCACACAAGCAGUGGAUCUCCAUUCAGGGUUCGACCUCCCUGAGAUUUCACCAACAUCGCCGUUCUGGAACGACACUCAUACCUAG